AUGGGUGAGUUGCAAUACCCCGGGGCACCAAACGUCGCGGAUGAUGAAAGACAGUACAGGGCUCCUUUCCGAAGGGCUCCGCAAUAUAGGUGGCCCGCGCCACAGCCGCCGCAGCCUUCGGCCUUCGCCCCGUGGCGUAGGGCGCCCGCUCCGCCUCGGCCUCCGGACUAUCGGCGAAGUGCUUCCUACCCGGGCAAACCUGAUGAGACCUACCAAUCGAGACACCAUUGUGUCAAUGCUCAACACCUAACUCACACUAUGAACAGUCUGCUCAUCAUAUCCUCUGGGAAUGUAGUCUUUGGUAUAAUGAACGUAAUAUAA